CGAAGAAAACAUGGAUAAUCGCACACGCGUGAAUUAACAUUGAAUGAAGAUCAGUCUAAAAGUUUGUUUAAAGAAUGCAAAGGUAUUCGUACAUGUUCCUCGUCGUCUCAUGGAGUGUGAGAGGUGUUCUAGCUUGAAGCUGCGGUUCGCUGUUCCACAGGAAAGAGAUCUUUUCGAAGAAAGAAGGGUAAGGAUCACACUUGACCCAAGAAAAAUACCCAAGAAAAACUCUGCGAGUCCCCCGCUUCGCUCUCUUCCCUCUGUCCGUGUUCCACGAGUUUUACAAGUGUAAAUAAAACCUUAAGCUGAUAAAAAUAGAAGCGUCCUAAGAAAGCGUUAAUACAGUCAUCGAGUCGCGGGGUCAAACGAUGCAAUUAGGAAGAUCGCAGUUUCAGGAAGCUCGUUUCAUUUCUCCGCAAUUUCUGUUUAAACAUUCACCCUCGCUGUGUCUAUACGAACACUAUUAUUUACAAACUAUCGUUAAGGUCCCUGGCGAACAAUUAAUCAACCGAUCGUAGAAUGUCUCCUACAAUGGCGCGUUUCUUCCUCAAGCGCAGGGUACAUUGUCUCAUCAGUGCAAUUGUCGCUGGUGCACGCGGCGUAAUCGUUGUUGUUGUUUCCCCAAGUCCGCGGAUUGGAAGAAACACGCUGGAAGGGGAUGCUUCGUAUAAAUGGGCGCAUGUCGCAAUUAAAACGACAGACUGAAAUCGUUCUUCGCUUAAUUCGUUCGGCCUCAGCUCGAAACGAGAAGCGCGAAGCUCCUAGCUAAUUAGUCGUUACGCUCUCGUGGCUCCACCGAACUUGUUCGUUCUUCGUAUUCGUUCUCAGCCUGUCGUUCGUGGGCUACAGGAUUGAAAUCGCGCAUACAUGCGUUACGUCAGGAAAACGAGCAAGAUCAUUCAACUUCAGUUUCGUACGUUCUUACUGGCUAAGCGGGCGCGAUAGUACCUAAUAGUACCUAAUAUACCUCCAGGAAACACUGUUCUUUCGGCGCAGGGAGUUCGGCCUACGCUUGCUCGAUCGGUGUCUACGAGCUGAAGAGGAAGAUGCAGUCGCGAUUGCUCGUGCUGUUCUUCUUCUUCGCCGUGUCUUCAGCGGAACAGCGGCCCUCCGAGGAUGACAAGUGCCUGGGGGAGCAUCCAAUCCUGCUGCAUUAUUUCUCCUGGGUCGACUACGUCAUACUCGCUGGGAUGCUGUUAAUCUCGUCCCUAAUUGGAACUUUCUACGGGUUCUUCUCCAAGAAACAGGAGACCAGCGAGGACUUCCUGCUGGGUGGCUCCAAUAUAGGAACCUUCCCCAUGGCGAUGUCCCUAGCAGCCAGCUUUAUCACCGCCGUCGAACUUCUUGGCAACCCUGCGGAGAUGUAUGAACAGGGGACCCAGUUCUGGAUGAGUUGCUUGGCGUUCAUCGUAGUCGUGCCCAUCACCUCCCACCUGUACCUGCCGGUCUUUAUGAAGCUCAGGCUGACCUCCAGCUACGAGUAUCUGAACCUCCGCUUCAAUCGCCACUGCAGACUGCUCGCGAGCGGAUUGUACAUGCUGCAGAUGGUCCUCUACACGUCCGUCGCGGUGUACGCGCCAGCGUUAGCUCUAAGUCACGUCACGGGCCUGAAUACUUACAUAGCCGUCACUCUAGUCUAUGUAGUCUGUAUAUUCUACGCCUCCCAGGGUGGAAUGGCAGCCGUCAUAAUGACGGACACGUUCCAAAGCGCGGUGCUGCUUGGCUCCCUGUUCCUCGUCCUUGGCUACGGUAUGUCCUGGGAGGGCGGUCUUCCAGCGGUGUGGGAGACCAACCAGAGGUCUGGGAGAAUGCAGUUCUUCGACAUGGACACGAGUCCCACCGUCAGGCACAGCUUCUGGAGCGUGGCGGUCGGCGGGACCAUCUACUGGACCACCAUGUUCUGCAGCAACCAGGCGUCCGUCCAGAAAUACCUCAGCGUGGAGACCAUCGGCCAAGUGAGAACGGCACUGUGGGUAUCCGCAUUUGGAAUGAUAAUCAUCUACACAGUGAACUUCCUGACCGGUAUGGUACUCUACAACGCGUACAAAGACUGCGAUCCUCUGUUGGCUGGCUACAUAACCAGCCAGGAUCAACUUCUGCCACUCUACGUGAUGAACUUCAUGGGCAGGCUCAAGGGUGUGCCUGGUUUCUUCGUUGCUGGGAUCUUCGCCGCCUCCUUAGGGACUGUGGCGAGCGCGUUGAACUCCCUGGCGGCGAUCACCUGCGAGGAUAUUCUUCAGGGCCUGUUCAAGAUACAGUUGCCAGCCAGGAAGGGCGCGAUUUACGCUAGGUGGAUCAGUGUCUUCUUCGGUGGCCUUAGCUUUGCCUUGGUCUUCGUCGUGGAACGCCUUGGCAGCGUUCUUCAGGUGGCAUUGUCGUUCAACGGUAUGGUCGGAGGGAUCACUCUGGGAUUGUUCUCCCUGGGUAUGUUUGUGCCGUGGGCGAACGCUAAGGGAGCAGUGUCAGGCGCCAUUGUCAGCCUGAUAAUCGUCCUCUGGAUUGGAAUCGGCGCCCAAGUCGCCGUCUUCGGGGGCCAGAUCCACUUGGACGGCAAGCCAGUGUCGAUAGACGCUUGUCCCUGCAUCAACAAUGGUACUGUUAUCUCCAGUCAUGUCAACGAGGAUGACGACAACGUUUCAUCGAUAUACAAGAUCAGUUACUUGUGGUACAGCGCGAUAGGCUGCAUCCUGACGGUCCUGGUGGGAGUGCUGAUCAGCUUCGUUACGAGCUACCAGAACCCCUCUGAUCUCGACCCAGACCUGCUGAGCCCUCCUAUCGCUGCUCUGGUCCGUCUCAAGGCCAAACCGCUCGCCAACGUCCAAGGGAUCGCCAACUACGGUCUGGAGUUGGACGACGAAAAGCUGCAGAUGGAAAACAACAAAAGCCCCGCGUGAAGGUUAUCGUUAUCAGUGAAGAACUCGCGUCGAGUCUCGAGUUAAGCGGAGGAAUUUCCCUGGCAGAGUUUUCAUUUGCUAAGGUUGUCCUGUGCGGUCUCUGCUGGGAACUCUUCAGUCUUUAAACGAAGAAAAACUGGUUGAAACUGAGCGUCACAGGGCACUCGCAGACCUCCACUUUUAUUCCUGUAUUUAAUUAUGAUUUAGAUUUAAGGUACGACGAUAGAUCAAAGGGAAGAUCAUGUUGUUUCGGGGGAAACACUGGGGAGGUGUACUCGAGUACUUUGUUGGCCAGCAACGGUGACUCUGUUCUGUUUCUAUUCCAUCCCAAAGAUCACAGGAUCCUAAAAAAGUGGACCAGGUUCCAAUGGCGACGAUUGAUACUCUUGG